AUGUAUCAUUGUAAGGAGAGAAGACGAUCUGAAUCAGAUUCAGUAAGACGAAAUGGUUAUGAGCCAAUAGCGCAAUUUGAUAGUUCACAAAUACCGCCAGAUUAUUUGGUACAUGAAGCACAUGAUGGACGAUUGAUAAGUGAUAGUUAUGAAAUUGAAUGGCCAAAGCGCCCACAAUUUGGUGCACAAACAAUUCAUACAGUAUCAAAAUUACUUCGACAAAAUGAUUUUCGUCUUUAUUAUCAAAUUCCAUCCUCAAAACAAAAUGCAAUUCCAAUUCAUAUACCACUUUGUUUAGCAUAUAUGAGCACUGCUGGCAAGAUUUAUCAUUUUCCAAUUGCUUGUACAAUUGAUGAUAACACUGGUAGAAAGUCUUGGCGUGUAUUAUACGGUGACUCGAGACCAUCAACAUUUGCAACCUUAUCAGCUUUAGUAAAAUAUCAUAAAAUUUAUUCAUAUAUGGAUCCAAAAACAGGUGCCAUUGAUACAUUUCCGGUUUGGAAAGGUGCUAUAAUUGAUUUUGAUGAUGCUGAUUAA